AGCGGACAGCAUCAAACGCUAGAGGUGCCGGGGGAGCAAGAAAUCCAACAAAGCCAGCAAUAUAGUCAGGCGAAAAUAAUUAAAAGUGAACUAGCUCGCCGAAUGCUGCUGAUGCGUUGCCUAUUUGCUAUAUAUUGUUGUCUGUCAGCCGGAUAUGUUCUUGUGGCUAGUUGGCCUCGGCUGCAAAAGAGUAGAGUAUGGUCACACACACGUAUCUCCGUUCUCAUUCUUCCCACCCAUUUGGCAUUCCAUCUGUUCGACGCUCUCGUCUGCCUUAUCUGGGCCAGCUAUCUGGUUAUCAGAAGCUAUAUGGCUUCAAAUAAAAUAGCCUUGCAGUCCAACUACGUUCUUUCUCAACUGGUUCAGCCUCAAUCACAGAGAUCCGUGCCACCGACAUGGCAAACAAGCUCCUUAUCUAUAAAAAACUGGAUUUUCUGCAAUUCAGGUCUGAUUCAAGCAAUACUUCAAACGCUGACUAUAGCCCCUCAUGCCUUUCUACGCCUCGGCCACUUUUAUCACUUCCUGCUGUCUGCGUUCACUCAAGCCAGUUUAGCACUUGUUAGUCUUGAUUACUGCCUAAAAUGUGAUGGAGAAUAUGAUAUUAGUCGCCUCCGAUCUGGUCUCUGCCAACUGAUAUGUGUGGCGUGCCAACAUGCUCAACAUUUGGUCGUGGCGGCUGACUACGUAGCUGUUGCCUGCGUUUACCUAGACGUCAGAGGUUGGAAAAAAGCCUUACCAUCCACAUGGAGCCUUUUAUGGGCCUUGAGUGCGAUGGCCAGAGCCAGACUUGUUGACAAGAGGACCUGCUAUGAUCAACUUGCUGGCACAACACUAGUGGUCAGCAAACGAAAAUUGCUCUAG